GCAGACGGAGCGGAGCGGCGGCGGCGGCGGCGCGGCGCAGGGCGCGGGGCGGCAUGGCCACCACCGCGCAGUACUUGCCGCGGGGCCCCGGCGGCGGAGCCGGGGGCACGGGACCGCUUAUGCACCCGGAUGCCGCUGCGGCGGCGGCGGCGGCGGCGGCCGCCGAGCGGCUGCACGCUGGGGCCGCGUACCGCGAAGUGCAGAAGCUGAUGCACCACGAGUGGCUGGGCGCGGGCGCGGGCCACCCCGUGGGCCUAGCGCACCCCCAGUGGUUACCCACGGGAGGAGGCGGCGGCGGCGACUGGGCCGGCGGCCCGCACCUGGAACACGGCAAGGCGGGCGGCGGCGGCACCGGCCGAGCCGACGACGGCGGCGGUGGCGGCGGUUUCCACGCGCGCCUGGUGCACCAGGGGGCGGCCCACGCGGGCGCGGCAUGGGCACAGGGCGGCACGGCGCACCACUUGGGCCCGGCUAUGUCACCGUCGCCGGGGGCCGGCGGGGGUCACCAGCCCCAACCGCUAGGGCUGUACGCACAGGCGGCCUACCCAGGGGGCGGCGGCGGCGGCCUGGCCGGGAUGCUGGCGGCAGGCGGCGGCGGCGCGGGGCCGGGCCUGCACCACGCGCUGCACGAGGACGGCCACGAGGCACAGCUGGAGCCGUCGCCUCCGCCGCACCUGGGCGCCCACGGACACGCACACGGACAUGCACACGCCGGCGGCCUGCACGCGGCGGCGGCGCACCUGCACCCGGGCGCGGGCGGCGGUGGCUCGUCGGUGGGCGACCACUCGGACGAGGACGCGCCCAGCUCGGACGACCUGGAGCAGUUCGCCAAGCAGUUCAAGCAGCGGCGCAUCAAGCUGGGCUUCACGCAGGCCGACGUGGGGCUGGCGCUGGGCACGCUGUACGGUAACGUGUUCUCGCAGACCACCAUCUGCCGCUUCGAGGCCCUGCAGCUGAGCUUCAAGAACAUGUGCAAGCUCAAGCCGCUGCUCAACAAGUGGCUGGAGGAGACCGAUUCGUCCAGCGGCAGCCCCACCAACCUGGACAAGAUCGCGGCGCAGGGCCGCAAGCGCAAGAAGCGCACAUCCAUCGAGGUGGGGGUCAAAGGCGCGCUCGAGAGCCACUUUCUCAAGUGCCCCAAGCCCUCGGCGCACGAGAUCACCGGCUUGGCCGACAGCCUGCAGCUGGAGAAGGAGGUGGUGCGCGUCUGGUUCUGCAACCGGCGGCAGAAGGAGAAGCGCAUGACCCCGGCGGCCGGCGCGGGCCACCCGCCCAUGGACGACGUUUACGCACCCGGAGAGCUGGGACCGGGUGGGGGCGGCGCGUCGCCGCCCUCGGCGCCCCCGCCGCCCCCACCGGCCGCGCUGCACCACCACCACCACCACACACUGCCCGGCUCCGUGCAGUGACCCCGCGGGCCAGGCCCCCCGCCGGUGCGCGGCGAGGCGCCGCGCGGCCUGAACUCUUUUUGUUCGGUUGCUUUGGAUUUUACAAAAAGCCCAGAAACUUUCGAACAAAACCAAACACCCGGACGACCCUCUCCGGCGAGCGGCGAAGACGGCCAGUAAGCUGCGUCGCCCGAGCCCCGAGAAAGAGGAGCGAAGAUCCGGUACGCGCCAACUCACCACGGGCAUCUUGCCCGUCGCCUGCUCCCUGUCCCCAACCCCUCGACGACCCCCGCCCCUGCCCCCCGGGCUGUUCGGGGCCGGAUCCCGGCAGCGGCCUCCCCACAGCGACAGGUAACGCGGUUCGGGGUUAGGGAUUCCCCGGGAGAGAGGACGAAGAGAGGAGGGUUCCCCAUCCCUCUCCCCGGCGCGGAUUCCCGAGCCUGCGGGUCGAGAGUGGGGGACUGUCACUUUAUUCGCUCCAUGCCUCUUCUCUCCCAUAAGGAUGCGCCCCAUUCCCCCUUACCCUUCCUCCGGGCUUGGUUUUUUACAGUUUUUAUUUAUUCAUGGAGCCUCUCCGCUCCGGGGGUCCUUCUAACUCCGCCCGCGCCCUUAAUUUAAAUCGCUGUAUACUGUAUUUAUCCGGGCCCCGGAGGGGAGGCCGCGAGAGCCGCGUCUGUGUAUAAAAGCAGGAAAUAGCCAAAGCUUUAAUCUAGCCUAAUUUAUUUUUCCCCCUUACCUUCCCCUACCCUACCCC